AUGGCUUUUCACGCCAAGAAGCUCAUCAACGACCCCAAUGAUGUGGUGACUGAGUUCAUCGAGGGUCUUGUUGAAACAUAUCCUGGGCUGCAGUACUUAGAUGGUUUCCCUCAGGUGAAGGUUGUGCUGCGAGCUGAUGUCUCCGGUGGUACAUAUGACAAAGUUGCUGUUAUAUCAGGUGGUGGAAGUGGGCAUGAGCCUGCACAUGCUGGAUUUGUGGGGGAAGGGAUGCUGACAGCAGCUAUAUGUGGGGAUGUUUUUGCCUCACCACCAGUUGAUUCAGUUCUAGCUGGCAUCCGAGCUGUAACUGGUCCUAUGGGUUGCCUUCUGAUUGUCAAGAAUUAUACUGGGGACCGUUUAAAUUUUGGUUUAGCUGCAGAGCAAGCAAAAUCAGAAGGUUAUAAAGUAGAGACUGUAAUUGUUGGAGAUGAUUGUGCAUUACCCCCGCCUCGAGGCAUAGCUGGUCGAAGGGGUUUGGCCGGGACCAUUCUUAUUCAUAAGAUUGCUGGAGCUGCUGCUGCUGCUGGCCUUCCGCUUGCCGAUGUUGCCGCAGAAGCAAGGCGUGCAUCUGAAAUGGUUGGAACAAUGGGUGUUGCAUUAUCUGUUUGCACAUUGCCUGGUCGGGUUACACCAGACCGUGUGGGUCCAGGAAAGAUGGAACUUGGUCUUGGAAUCCAUGGAGAACCUGGUGCUGCUGUAGCUGACCUUCAACCCGUGGAUGUGAUAGUUUCUCAUGUUCUUAAGCAGAUUUUGUCGCCAGAAACUAACUACGUUCCAAUUACUCGAGGUAGUAGAGUUGUGCUUCUGGUCAACGGGUUAGGUGCAACUCCUGUAAUGGAACUGAUGAUUGCAUCCGGUAAAGCAGUACCUAAGUUGCAGCUGGAACAUGGAUUGGCUGUUGAUAGAGUAUAUACUGGGUCAUUUAUGACUUCUCUUGAUAUGGCAGGUUUUUCGAUUUCUAUCAUGAAGGCUGAUCAAGCUAUUUUGCAACGUCUGGAUGCUGCAACAAAGGCUCCACAUUGGCCUGUUGGUGUUGAUGGCAAUCACCCACCUGCAAAGAUUCCUGUUCCAUUGCCUCCAUCUCGCUCAACAAAGAGUGAUGAGUCAUUAGGUCGGCCAGCACAACUGAAUGCACAAGGCCAGAUUCUUGAGGUGGCUAUUGAAGCAGCUGCACAUGCUGUGAAAAAACUUAGGGACAAUUUGAAUGAAUGGGAUAGCAAAGUAGGUGAUGGUGACUGUGGGUCAACCAUAUAUAGAGGUGCGGCAGCAGUUUUGGAAGACAUGCAAAAUUAUCCCCUGAAUGAUGCAACCGAAACAGUGAAUGAAAUUGGGUCAUCUGUCAGAAGAGUUAUGGGCGGCACAAGCGGGAUCCUAUAUACCAUAUUUUGCAAGGCAGCCUAUGCACAGUUGAAAGCAAGCACCCAAGGAGUUGUCACAUCAAAAAAUUGGGCUGAAGCGCUUGAAGCUUCCAUUGCUGCUGUCAGUAAAUAUGGUGGGGCUAGUGCUGGUUACCGGACAUUGUUAGAUGCCCUUAUUCCAGCAUCAGCAGUUCUUCAGGAGAGGUUAAAGGCUGGUGAUGAUCCUGCGACUGCUUUUCUUCUCUCAUCUGAAGCAGCACUGGAUGGAGCUGAGUCAACGAAGCACAUGCAGGCACAGGCUGGCCGAUCAAGUUAUAUAUCUGGGGAGAUGCUUGCCUCAAUCCCAGACCCAGGUGCAAUGGCGGCCGCAUCGUGGUACAGAGCAGCAGCCUUAGCUGUCAAGUACAAAUACCAGACAUCUUCAUAG